UGUUGCAUCAAGGCUUAAUUAAGGAGAGUUUACAAAAACCGAUAAAAAUGGUGCAGAGAAAGGAAUUUCUUCGUUAAGGAGUUGGAGAAAGCUCCAAUUUUGAUAGAGGAAGAGAUGGCGGCGGCUAAACCAAAGAUGGCGGUGCCGGUGGCGGAGGUCAAGAAUGGCAGCCAUCCACUUCCUUGGCUGAAUCUAAUGGUCACUGAGCCCUUCUACCUCUUUCAUUUGCUCAUGUUAUUCUCAUACUUCGUAGUACGUAGCUCUGCCGUACAAGACUUCUCCCCGGAUCUAUCUCUUCAUCUACUUCGUCGGGAGAUUCAAGCGGUUCUUACUUUGUCAGUGUUGUCUGCGGUGAAGUUUGUCAGAGAGGAAACUUGGGAGGCUUUCAUUGCUGACUUUUUGUUCUAUUCUAAGGUCUUCCUUUUUGCAGUUACUCUCGUUAUUGACUAUCAUGUAGCUUUUUGCUACUUAGUGGCUUUUGUAGUGAUCUUUGUUUUGGCUCAGCAACCACCUUAUGAUGGCGUAGGUGAAUCAAGUCAUUUGACCCCUUUACAGUUGGAAACAUUGUUUGCUGAAGGAAAUUCCUCCAGAUUCUGGCUGGUUGAGUUUCAGGUGUUAUGUUCUUCGACAUGUAUUCGUACUAGUCGAAUAUUUUCAGAUCUCUCUGUCAUAUAUUCAAAUAAAAAUAUUUCUUUUGGGAUAGUAGAUCUCGGUCACUUCCCAAAUGCAGCAGAGAAUUUUGGAAUAUCUUUGUCUGGUCCACAUACUACCUAUAUUUUAUAUGAAAAUGGAGUGGAAGUUAGUCGGUUCCCUGACAUCAACAUUGACUCGAAAGCUUUCAGGCCAGCUAUUACCAAGGUUUCUUCCUUAAAUAAGCAUUCUGUGCCAGCAUUUUGAGCUUGACAAGAGACUUAUUGAAUACAUAUCAAGUUGAUUUUUCUUACUCAUGCCAAGGAUUAUAUGAAUGCUUCAGCUCAGUCAUCUUCUCGGUUGCUUCAGAUGCAGAAGUCUGCCAUUUCCUAAGUUUCUGAGUAUUUAAUUUUGCUGUUUUGUGCAUUAUAUCAAAGCCAAAACAAAUAUAUAAGGCUUUUGGAUAAUGUAUCAAGCUGCUAGUGUCAGUCAAUUUGAGAAAAUUACUUUCUAAGACUUAAGAAAAUUAAUUUUUAAACACAUA